AUGCCUCCGGCUGCUAUGGACACUGUGAAUGGUACUGGCUCCGCCUCGGAGCCAUUGACCGUCGAGGGUAUCCCUGCCCUGAGAGCCAAGAGCGCACCUAUUCCUAAGGGGGUUGCGCCUGCGACUAGUAGUGAUAUGUUCAAGAGCCCGAUCUGCUACACCAAACCCAAAGCCAAGCGAUGGGAUCAUCUUCUCUCCCUUGAAGCGAGAUCACGAAAUAUGUCAACGUUGAAGGGUGCGGCGCAGUAUCUUAAGAUCCCAGGUCUGAUUUCUCUGGGUGGAGGAUUACCGUCUCCGGAAUAUUUCCCCUUCGAAGAACUCAGUGUCAAAGUACCCACGCCUCCAGGAUUUUCCCCGGAAGAGACCCGUAAGUCUGGUACCGUCUUGCAUGGAGGAAAGAGCGAUAUUCGCCAGGGAAAGAGUUUGUAUGAUUUGGAAAUUGCUCUUAAUUAUGGCCAGGCCACUGGAUCACCUCAGCUGCUCAGAUUUGUUACAGAACACACUGAGCUUAUCCACAAACCCCCAUAUGCUGAUUGGCAAUGUUGCUUGACUGCAGGCAGCACGUUUGCGUGGGAUACUGCACUGCGAUUAUUCUGUGAGCGAGGUGACUAUAUCCUCAUGGAGGAAUAUACCUUCUCUAGUGCGCAAGAAACCGCAACUCCUUUGGGGGUCAAAGUAGCGCCGAUCCAGAUGGACGAGCAAGGCCUUUUGCCCGAGUCCCUCGACGAGCUUCUCAGCAACUGGGAUGAAGCUGCGCGUGGUGCUCGCAAGCCGUUCGUGCUUUACACGAUUCCCACCGGACAAAACCCUACUGGGGCCACUCAAUUGAUAGAAAGGCGCAAAGAAGUCUACAAGGUCGCGCAGAAGCAUGAUGUUUACAUCGUGGAAGAUGAGCCCUAUUACUUCCUUCAGAUGCAGCCAUACACUGGGGCUGAUGCCGAGCCUGUUCCCCCUCCCGCGAAUCACGAUGAGUUCGUCAAGUCUCUCAUCCCUUCUUAUUUGAGUUUGGAUGUGGAUGGUCGUGUGCUUCGUCUCGAGUCCUUCUCCAAGGUCAUUGCUCCGGGAUCACGAGUUGGAUGGGUGGUUGGUUCCGAGCAAAUUGUCGAACGAUUUACCCGUACCUGUGAGAACUCCUCUCAAAACCCUAGUGGCAUUUCCCAGCUCGUGCUCUUCAAGCUCCUGGAAGAACAGUGGGGUCACUCGGGAUAUCUCGACUGGUUGAUCAACCUGCGGUUGGAGUACACUGGUCGUAGAGAUUCCAUCGUUCGGGCCUGCGAGAAGCAUCUGCCCCGGGAAGUUGCCAGCUGGAACCCUCCCGCGGCUGGGAUGUUCCACUGGAUUGAGAUCGACUGGCAAAAACACCCCGGGCUGUCUUUCGGCAAGUCUCGGCAGGAGAUUGAAGAAGAUAUCUUCCAAGCAGCCAUUAGCAACAAUGUUCUUAUUUCUCGGGGUAGUUGGUUCACGGCGGGCGGUUUGAGCCAGGGGAAGAUGUUCUUCCGUGCUACCUUUGCGGCGGCCAGCUCGAGCAAUAUUGAGGAGGCGAUUGCACGGUUUGGAACCGCCCUGCGGGCUCAGUUUUCUCUCUAA